CCCUCUCUCUCUCUCUCUCACUCUUCUCUGUUGCUGUAUUUGGCAGUUGCCCUCGGUGUUUGUGCUCCUUCUUUACACAAUUUCACAGAAGAGCUAUGGCGGACAAGGCAGUAACUAUACGCACCAGAAAGUUCAUGACCAAUCGGCUUCUCUCUAGAAAGCAAUUUGUCAUUGAUGUUCUUCAUCCAGGAAGGCCCAAUGUUUCCAAGGUUGAGUUGAAAGAGAAGUUGUCCAGAAUGUACGAGGUCAAGGACCCAAAUGCAAUAUUCGUUUUCAAGUUCCGUACUCAUUUUGGAGGUGGGAAGUCAACUGGCUUUGGCUUGAUUUAUGAUUCUGUAGAGAAUGCGAAGAAAUAUGAGCCCAAGUACAGGCUAAUAAGGGUAAUUUCACUUUAGUAUCAUUUUCUUUUUGCAAUUAAUGGUCCUGCGUAUAAUUACCCUACAUGGGGUAGCUGUUGGUUAAAUUUUGCUUGUGACAAUUUGUGAUAGUUCUGGUUGAACUUUGAAGUAGUCUUGUCUUUUUGUUGAUUGAUUUUUUUCCCUGGUGAUUCUGGGGAUAGAGUUCCUGGUCGCUUUACAGUACCUGAAUAUGGGGUGUAUGCCAAGUUAUCAAUGUUUAUCCCCUAGUUUUUCACUCAGAUCAUUAGUAUGUUUGUCUCAUUUUGCACCACGUAUCUAUGGUGGAGAAGAGGAUGGGUGGAUUUGUUCACUUUUGCACCUAAGAAAUCCAUUAAAACAAUUAACUUGCCAUCCCAAAAAAAGAGAUCAAUUAGAAGUAAUUUACGGAUGAGUGUAAAAUAACAAGGGCAGGUGUUGCUUAGUGGAGUUGAAAUGACAAGUUCAUUUGCAAUGAUUGCAUCAUGUUACCUGGACCUAUCAAAGCCAUACACAUUGAAUAAUAUAGGUCUUGCAUUGUGUAUUAACGCAUUACAAGUCCUUUUGUGUUGGAUUUUGUUACUUUCUUUCAUAAUCUGGAUUUUUUUAUCAUCAACGACAAAUUUUAUUGAAACUAGAAAAAUAUCCCUGUAAACAUGACCCAUAUUCUUGCACCAUCUAAUUGGCCACAGAAACCAUAUCCAAUAUUUGAUGCUCCUUAGCGAAAGUAUUUUAGUCAUUGAAAUAGUGUCAAGCCAAAAUCUCUCUCAAUCUUCUAGACAUCAAAUUUACAAUGAAGUAUCUCAAGUAAUCUGCCUAAGAUCACUUACUUUGAAGAAUUGUUCUUUUUUGAAUAUGGCAAAUGAAAGAAAUAGUAGUAAUCGUAUUCACAUUUUUUUUCAAAGAACUCCACUAACAUUUCCAUCGUAUCAAAUUUUAUCAUCUCCCAACAAUCCUGAAAUGUAGCCACAUAAAAUUUGAGAGAAUGAGAUAUGUCACAUUAAUUGGGCCAGUUUAAAAAAAGUCUUCUUGCCAUGGUUCUAAACAAUGGUAACGGCUGUCGUAACGGUAACGGUAACAUUGUAACGGAGGCGGUAUGUAAUGGGUGUGAACUCCACAAACAUUUCCAUCAUCUCAAAUUUUAUCAUCUCCCAACA